AUGACGAUGACAACAAUUGGCUACGGUGAUGUUGUACCACAGACAUGGCUUGGCCGUAUCGUUGCUUCAUGCUUCGCCUUAUUCGCAAUCUCGUUUUUCGCAUUACCUGCGGUAAGCAUCUUUAAGAAUAACUUUUCAGUCAUCCGAGAAAAACACUUUAAUCGACAAAUCCCCGCUGCAGCGACACUUAUCCAGUGUCUGUGGAGAUGCUAUGCAGCCGAUCGACAAUCACGCUCGACCGCAACAUGGCAAGAUUUCUAG